GUAAAUCUUUGUGUACAUUCAUAUACAACAUUCAAACGACAACAUCUAAAGGCCUACGUGUGUAUGUAUCGGGGAAAGUUGACGACAUUGUCCUCAACGUGGCCACACCAAAGGACUCUUAUUAUUCUAACCAGCAGGCGACAACAUUGAGACGUGACCAUGGCUGACCUUAAGUUGUACUACUUUCCCGUAUCAUUCUACUCUCAGAAGGUGCUGCUGACGAUGUUCGAGAAAGAAGCAAAUUUCCGAGAGCAAGUUGUUGUAAUCGUCCAAGGCGAACAGAACGAGCCGUGGUACAUGAAGGUGACACCGAAAGGAACAGUGCCCGCAUUAGAAGUGCCAGGGACUGUCCUGACUGACUCGGAGGAUAUCGUUAACUACUUGGAUAAACAACUAGAUACCGGGAUAAAACUGAUACCGAGCAUUGACACUAGGAUCGGGAAGGAAGUUGAUAAAUGGCGACAAAAGUUUAAAGCCUUGCAAAUAGACGUGAUCACGUUUGGGAUUGUUUUUCACCCAGAGUUGUCUCUGACAGGGAUUAAAGUGCCGUCUGUUUUGAGCAAAGCAAUCAAUUCAGAAUCCAUGCGGAAUAGUCGACAAGCUCUCCAGAAAAAGGCAGUCAAGUACCCAGAACACAGAGAGAAUUUUCUCGCUAAAAUGACCAUGCACGACAAACGGAUGGGUAAAAUAGAAAACAAGGAGGUUGUUAUACAGUACCUGAACGAGCUGGAUACACUGUUUGAUCAGAUAGAAUCGAGGCUGGCUGAAACGCGUAAAGAGCAGGGAGUUUCAGACAGCUGGCUUGUCGGAUCUCGGUUCACGUUGGCGGAUAUCAACCUAGUCAUCUUGCUGGACCGACUCAGUUUUCUAGGAAUGGAAGAACGGUACUUCACGCCCUCCAAACGACCUCUGACAUACGACUUUUAUGUACGGAUUGGCAAACGGAAAAGCGUUCAACAACUUCGGAAGAAAUUUCAAAGUACCUUGAAGAUAAUGCUGACCAGGAUGUUAAAGAAAGCUUUUCCUACUGUGGUGGGAAUUUUGGUUGUAGCAGCUGGUGUAUUUUAUUGGAUAUAUAGGGCAAAUAACCUUUAGUGGGGUGUUAUAUAGAUAUUAAGAUAUCUACUCACUCUCACUUAAGGAAACAUGACAAAGAAUGAUUUUUAUGACAUUUGCACCACGCAGGCCUAGUAAAACAAUUAUCUAAGGUUGAGUACACUUUCGCAAAGUCAGGCUGAUUUACUUAUGUUUUAUCUAUUUAUAGCGUUAUAAUUAAUUCAUAAUUAAAUGAUAUUGUUUAUCAUAUAUGUUUUUAUAUUAAAUUUAUUUGGU